CAGGGUGGACGCUAGGGCCUGGCAGAGUGUAGGCCUGCUAUUCUCCCCGCACUGUACUGACAGACCCAUCCUGGUUAAGGUCUUUCCCUCGCGGCCAGUCCUGCUCCCAGUACUGGUCAGGUGCCUUAACGGACACCGCGGCACUAGUUUGGGGAGGCGCUGAAGCGAUUACAGCAGAAAGAUGGCGGACGACCCGAGCGCUGCAGACAGGAACGUGGAGAUAUGGAAAAUAAAGAAACUGAUUAAGAGUUUGGAGGCUGCCCGCGGUAAUGGCACCAGUAUGAUCUCGCUGAUCAUUCCUCCCAAGGACCAGAUAUCUAGAGUGGCCAAGAUGCUGGCUGAUGAGUUUGGCACCGCUUCCAAUAUCAAAAGUCGAGUCAACAGGCUCUCUGUACUUGGGGCCAUCACCUCUGUACAGCAAAGACUAAAACUAUACAACAAGGUGCCACCCAAUGGUUUGGUUGUGUACUGUGGCACCAUUGUUACAGAGGAAGGGAAAGAGAAGAAAGUCAACAUUGACUUUGAGCCUUUUAAGCCAAUCAACACCUCUCUGUACCUCUGCGACAACAAGUUCCAUACUGAGGCAUUGACAGCCCUGCUUUCUGAUGACAGUAAGUUUGGCUUUAUAGUGAUUGAUGGUAGUGGGGCACUGUUUGGCACACUGCAGGGCAACACCAGGGAGGUGCUGCACAAGUUCACUGUGGACCUACCCAAAAAGCACGGCAGAGGAGGGCAGUCUGCCUUACGUUUUGCUCGUUUGAGAAUGGAAAAGAGGCACAACUAUGUGAGAAAAGUGGCAGAAACAGCUGUCCAGCUCUUUGUAUCGAAUGACAAAGUUAAUGUGGCAGGAAUGGUCUUGGCUGGUUCUGCUGACUUCAAGACUGAGCUUAGCCAGUCUGACAUGUUUGACCCAAGGUUACAGGCUAAGGUUUUGAAGCUAGUGGACAUCUCUUAUGGAGGAGAGAAUGGUUUCAACCAGGCCAUUGAGUUGUCAGCCGAAGUUCUUUCUAAUGUCAAGUUUAUCCAGGAAAAGAAGCUCAUUGGGCGGUACUUUGAUGAGAUCAGUCAGGACACAGGGAAGUACUGUUUUGGUGUGGAGGACACACUCAAAGCCUUGGAAAUGGGAGCAGUGGAGAUCCUUAUAGUCUAUGAGAACCUGGACACUAUGCGUUACAUUCUACGUGUGCAUGGGGCAGAGAGCAACGGAGCAGAGAAUGAUGAGAAGACUUUGUACUUAACGCCAGAGCAGGAGAAAGACAAAUCUCACUUCACAGACAAGGAGACGGGGCAGGAACAUGAGCUUAUUGAGAGCAUGCCACUGUUGGAGUGGUUCGCCAACAAUUACAAGAAAUUCGGAGCCACGUUGGAGAUAGUCACAGACAAGAGCCAGGAGGGAUCCCAGUUUGUCAAGGGCUUUGGAGGCAUUGGGGGGAUCUUGCGGUACAGGGUGGAUUUCCAGGGCAUGGAGUACCUUGGAGAGGACAAUGAGUUCUUUGAUUUGGAUGACUACUAGGUAGUCAGGGACUGAUAUUGGGAGAAAAAAUGAAAAGCAAAGGAAUGAACAGAAAAAAUUAGGAAAGAAAAAUGCCACCUCUCUUGCAGCAAGUGAGAGGCUCAACUGUGUUGACCAUAUACAUAUAUAUAUGACAGUCACACCUUCCAAUUUACCUGUCGCAUACACAAACUUGCACAUACAUUUAAUCUCUACACAUGACAAAAUACAUCACACAGGCUGAAGAGGAGUGAGAUUUUCUUUCAUCCAGAGAGGGAGAAAGCCCUUCCUGAAUAAAUCCCUGCCUUAGAGUGCUGGUUCCUUCCCCUAGUUGGAUUGGACUCGACUCAUUUUUUUUUCCUCCUCCCCUCCAUUUUGAAUGAACACAACAGCAAGUUCCCAGAUUCGUCGCUGCCCCUAACCUGGUCUGAAGAUAAACUUUGGGCUAAAUUCCUUACACAUAGAAAAUAUAUUUUCCUUUCUUGCCUUAUCAUGACCUUACCCUCUCUCUCUUCUCCUUCUAUGCUUCUUUUUUUUUUUUUUCAUUUAAUUUUUUUUACUGGUAACUGCUGCUGCUGUUGUAUUUUAUGAGAGUGGGGGAUUUUUUUUACCUGGGUUUCUGUAGAGAAAGGGGGACAAAGUAUUAAAUUUGAAAUGCUGAAAACCA